AGACAAGAGUCGAUCAGUCUACCGACAACACUUGGUUCCGCUGUGAAAAUGGCAGCUAGUCACCUAUAAAUGCCAAAUGAGCCGCUAUUUUCCGGAGGAGAGUAGAAAGCCUCGUUCUACCACUACCCGGCAGCAUUCGGGAGAUUUGUAACGGGACUUGGAGGACUGACUCUUCAGGAACACAAUGCCACAUUUCUUGUGGCCAGAGCCACUGUCACCCGCUCAACUUAAGCGGCUGGAGGAGCAUAAAUACAGCGCGUCUGGUCGAUCCCUGUUUGAGCCACCGUGUCAAAUCUACUGGAACUGGCUCAUCCAGCAAACUCCGACAUGGGUCGCACCAAACACUCUAACUAUAGUGGGACUGAUUGUCAAUAUCAUCUCCACGAUGGUGCUUGUGUAUUACUGUCCCUCAGCAACGGAGGAGGUAAGUAAACCGACCUUGGCCAAAGUUUCUACACGGAGGUUAGCCCCAAUUACGUGCCCGUUACUGGUAUGGAGAGAACGCGAAAUCCCCAUUCAUGAAUUGCGUAAGUCGGAGUCCCGUAGCCAAUAUGCCUCUUGUACCCUCGCACAUGUUAUGUCCUUUAACAUUUUCCAAGUCAACAGAAUCUCUCAAUUAAUUCGGCAUACGUUUACAUUUCACAGAUUACUUUAAUAUAAAAACAUCCCCCUUUUCUUAACGGGGUCAUGCAAGCUCGCUGACGCCCACGGCAGGGUAUUUUGGGACAUGGGAAUUUAUCCCUGAAAGUCGGCAUUUCCUAAAAAUAUACCCAGGUUUUUUAAAUAAGUGUUGAUGCCGAAUUGAUCUCUGUAUCAGAAUAAUCAAUAAACUAUAUGGAAUCAUAAGGUAUCACGCUUGUAUGGCCUGAUUUAAGUGAGGACACCUUAAAUUGUCAGAAUUUUAAUCGGAUUAUGUGUGACAUCGCCCCCCGUCCGUCAUGUAGAUUUAUGCCGACGUUUUAAGAAAGUUGACUGCUUUGCCGGGUUGUUGUUUGGUCAGGUUCACGUGAUGCAGAGAUGUUGUUGCAAAGCAUAGCAAUUUAAAAGAAAAUGUCACUUUUAUCUGUUUAUAUUUUGAUUAUUCACAUGAGGGACAAAUGGUGUUUAUAAAUUAGUAGUUAUGCAAAGGGUCCAAUACUACUUCUUCCUCCUGUUAACAUUAAAAAGUUGACUGGACGUCUUUCUUGAUGUGGGAAAACUCUGCUGUACCCUAUUAUAUAAUUUUAGGUACAUAUUCCUAAUCCUUCAAUACACUAAUAGGCUCUCAAACUAACAGUUGACCUUUGGUCCGUUUAAUUUGUUUCACCAGGUUCACUGUGGCUCCAGCAGGAAGAAAGAUAGGCGUGUGUGUUAAUCAGAUUUACACCUUUGCUCAACCAGCUAUCAGAGCAGCGCAACUGAGUCCACAGUCCAAGCAUUCAUGCUGUUACUGUCAAAUUCCACAAGUGUAGAAGCAUUACAAUUUUUGUUAUGAAGUAUUCAGAGCCAAAUACUUUCAUUCAGUCUUUUUUUUUUUUUUUUGGUCUGUAGAGGUAUGAAAUAACCAUGCUUACGCAAUCACACGUACUUAGGGGGAAACAUGUUGGAUUUUCCUAGAAUAACCUUUGUGAUAACCGUGAACAAGCGACCUCUGUCCACACAGGUCCAUGAGGCAUUUGGGACACAGAUUUUAGAAGAAAACAGCAGGGUCACUGAAUAUUUAGGACAGCGUGGGAUUCUUGAUCUUUCAGGAAACACAAGACUAUCUUUGUCAGACAAGAACACACUCACAUUGUAGUGGUAAACACACAGUGUUGGCUAACUCUCAUGUCCAGAUGGUCUCUAACCUUCACCCUAGUAAGAGGAACUGAGUCACUCCAGUCAGCAGGAAUCCCUCAUUCUCCUUAUUUGCAGUGCACAUAAAUACACAAAGUACAAGGCCUCCAAUCACAAAUACAAUAAAAAUACAGUUAAAACUUUUAAACACUCACAAACAUCUGCAUCUAAAUCUAUACACUAAUGAAAACAUACACUAAAAACCUCCAAACGGCUGCAACAAGUCAGUGAGCCUCAAAUUAAUAUACAAACACAUUAUAAGACAGUGAAAAUCAAGUGACGACCUACAGUCGUAGAAUGAAAUGAGCAAACUAUGACAGUGUUUGUGUAGAGCACAACCUGUGGGUGUGGCUGGGCAUGCCACAACAAGCUCAUAGUUUAAAGCUUCAUGUUUUAAAGCAGUUGCUCUGACAGAAAGUAAAUACCCGGGAGGUUAGAUGGGAGCAGCAUCAUAGAUUGCAUUGAAACAUUCCUCUUAAAGAAAUAAAUACCUUUAGCUUUCAGUAUAGGUUUAUCUCUCAUGAUUGGCAGAGAUGUUAAACUGCAUGCACUAAUGUAAUGUAGGAUCAUAGUUCAUCUGCAGCCUUUGACUGGCUACAGAGGCUAGGCUAACAGGCUAGUCACCUGCUAUGACUAAAUUACUUCCAUGUUUUUACUGUGAUGCCAAACAUAACCAUUAUUUUAGUACAUAUUAAAGACAAUGAACAUAUACUCCUUUACUGCUGACAGUAUAUUGUAUUAGUUGCACACUGGUGGCAUGUAGCUAAGAGGACUUGCACUCCAACAAGUCUAAAAAGAAGAAAUUUGUCAAAACUUAGCAUACCUGUACUGGUUUCACAUUGCUCCUCUAGAGAGAGUUUUAGACCAGAUAUAGUUUAUUCAAAACUUUAACAAUUGAUCAAAAUACAACCAAAUAGCAGAGGAAUAAAGCACUGCAGCAACAUCCAGGAUGGUUCUUGGUUCCCCAGGUCAGCAACAAUGAAAAGAUUUAUGAUUUGUUUAAAUAAUUAGUAAUUCUGGUGGUGACUAAAGUGAUGCUGCACAGUUAUUAAAUCACGCACAUCUAAACUCAAAUGCACUGUGCUGCCACAAAGUACCGCGCUGUGGUUUUUUUCAUGAGAUAAAAUGACUAAAUGAAGUCCCUCUCUUCCUCUCCAGGCUCCAUCGUGGGCUUUCAUCAUGAGCGCUCUGGGCCUCUUCAUCUACCAGUCUCUGGACGCCAUCGAUGGGAAACAGGCAAGGAGGACAAACAGCAGCUCACCGCUCGGGGAGCUCUUUGACCACGGCUGUGAUGCCGUCUCCACAGGUGACCUCACGGCUCCCUGCACAACAAAACUGAACCUAAUGACUUCCUCCAAUUUUUUGUAUUUACACUCACCUGUGAUUUUCUUUUCUGUAUUUCUCCAGUAUUUGUUGCUGUGGGAACGUGUAUUUCUUGUGGGAUAGGAAGAUACCCAGACUGGAUUUUCUUCUGUGGUUUCAUCGGCAUGUUUAUGUUCUUCUGCGCUCACUGGCAGACCUAUGUGUCUGGGACCCUCCGCUUUGGCCUGUAAGUUACAUAAUCAGUCGCUAAAAAUAAAACUGAUGCUGUGUGUGUUAAUUUAUAAUCUCUAACCCUUUUAUACCGAGGUUUAUUUUAAUCUUUCCUGCUUCUUUCCUCACAGGAUUGAUGUGACAGAGGUGCAGUUUGCCAUCAUGAUCAUGUAUUUGAUGACAGCUUUCGGCGGCGUUAGCCUUUGGCAAUCAACGGUAACUGAGAAUUGCAUAUUUUCUGUUGAAAUGAAUACACACAGGAACACUUUCAUGUCACCCUGAGUGAAAAGCCCCCUUUUAUUACACUCAACACUUCAAAGUUCUAAGUUUUAGUCGUCCUCCUAGUCUUAAAAUAGACUUUGUGUUUUACUUUUACUCUGUGCUGCCUUUGGAGGCUUCACUUAACAUCACUUGAGACAAGUGAAAAGGUAAAUAUGGGUAGCUGACGCCAUGGCAACAGGUCAUUUAUUAGACAUGAUCUGGCUCAAAAAAAAAGCUGAUGUCGCGCACAUUUUGUAAUGCUUUGCCCUCCCAUCACGCUCUGCAUGCCUGCAGCUUCAAUGUUAGCUCUUUUUCUAAAAGUGUCUCAACACAAGUUUGACCUUCACGUGUUUCCGUAGUUACCCGUCUUAGGAGUGCCACUGUACGCCUUCCCCAUUAUGGGCAUCAUUGGAGGAGCCCUCUACUCGUGCUACAACUACUUCCAUGUCAUUUUGAAUGGAGGUGUUGGCAAAAACGGCUCCACUGUGGCUGUAAGUUCUCACUGAGGAUCACUGUAUGAAAUUAGCUUACAUGGUGGAUUAUAACUAACAAAGUUUCUCUAUGCAGGACACCAGUGUGUUGACUCCUGGUUUGCACGUUGGCCUCUUCCUCACCCUGGCCUUCAUCAUUUUCAAGAAGUCAUCAAGCCAGCUGUUUGAGCACCACCCCUGCCUGUACCUUCUCGCCUUUGGCAUGGUCAUCUCCAAGAUCUCCAACAAGCUAGUGGUACGUUCAAGUUCUUCUCAAUGAUAUCCCAGCUCUAGUGGUUACCGUGGUAGCAGCAUGUGUGGUUUGAUGCUACUGCAAAAACUCUGUGCAACUGUUUAAAUCACAGCCAAACAAAUGUGCAUUGUUCUGUCUUUUAUGGUGCCAUUUCUGAAGGAUAGCAUCAUUCUGCACUUCAUGUGUCAUAAACUCAUUGAGUUUCCAGGAACUGCUGUUAGAGAAAUGCCACAAAUUAAAAAGUACACAUAUUGCAUUGUUACUAGAAAUGUUAAGAAUUGGUGGACUUUUCCACUAAGAAAAUCAUCCAUGCAGAUCAAUCCUGACAUUAAGAAAAAAAAAGUUCUAUUUCAGGGCUUGACACUAACUUCUUUCACAAGGAGCACAUGUGCUCCUAAGUUGAAAAAGUAAGGAGCACACAAAGAACUUUAGAGGCACAGUAAAAAUUGAUCAAAUAAUGUUUGUCUUAUCGGUCAACAUAAGUAUUAUUUAUUGAAAUCAAUAUUAGGUCAAUUGGUCACAUGACAUGGAAGUUAUUGAAGAAAAACAGCCUUUUUUUGAGAACAUCAACCAAUAAUUUAUUGAUGGUCCCUUAUUCAACACCUGACGUUGACAGUGAGGGUGUUGAGUAGAUUUAACUGCGCUGCUGUUGCUCUCGGUUAUGGAGAGUGAGAAGACAUCGGUAGAUCUGCAGUGAAUGUCUGUCGAAUAUCCAACCUAAACUAACUUCACCGCGGUAUUUACAUGAGAAUACAUUUGUUGCCUCAGCUGAUUUUUUUGAAGCGCACAUGUGCCCCUAAAUACAUUUUACAAUUCGCACACAUCUAUUUUUAAUCGCAAAUGUGAGUGAAAUAGUCGCACUGUCGAGCCCUGUAUUUGGAAUUUUGUUUAUGGAUUGUAACUUUAAUCAAACUUAACAAACGUACACAACUCUGAAAUGUAUCUAUCCUUAAUCCUGUCAUAUACACUCAGGUGUUAACAGUGAACUAAUAUUUUAGACGUUUUUAAUACCAUGUUGCUUUAUUCCAGUAGCAGUGUUUUAUGUAUGUUUAUUUCUCCUUGUUUGUAUCCCUACAUUGCUCUAGGUUGCACACAUGACAAAGAGUGAGCUGCACCUCCCUGACACGGCCUUUAUAGGUCCUGGACUCCUCUUCCUCAACCAAUACUUCAACAGCUUUAUUGACGAGCAUAUAGUUCUCUGGAUCGCCAUGGUGAGUGUCGGAUAACAGUUAUUGUUGAGCAAUCAAAUUAAGUGUAUUUAUGUAGCACCUUUCAAGGACAGAGGUCACGAAGUGCUUUACAAAGAAGUUUAUGAUGUAAAAACAACAUUUAAAAGAAAGUAAUGAUAUCAUUUAAAAAAUCAAUAAUAGUAUUAACAAUUUAGCACUAACUAGAACUAACUAGACCACUAACAUGAUGAUCGAGGCACAAAGGCCAAAUGAAACUCAGAGAUUGCAGAGCGCAGAUUUAACAGUGGCUGACAGAUUUUGUGAUACAGUUGCCCCAAAGUGGUGUGGUGCAGAUAUGAGCACUGCUGUCUUGUCAGUGUUCAGUUGUAAGUAGUUAGCUGCCAUCCAGUUAUCAGUUACACUGACGCAAUACAGAAGGUUGGACAAACUGGUGACAUGUUUGGGUGUGAAUGAAAUAUGUCGCUGAAUGUCAUCCGCAUAACAGUGGUAAGAAAUGGCCAAGGAAGUAGGUACAGGGUAAACAAAACUGGGCCUAGAACAUAGCCCUGAGGAACUCCACGGACCAGGAGUUUAUAUGAGGAGGUGUAAUUGCCCACUGUGACUGAGUAACCCACUCUAACUUCUUACAGAGAUAUCCAAAAACUAGAUUUUUAUUUCCAUAAGUUAUAAAGAUGUUGCAGGUGAAAAUGCACUGUGUUAUGCAAAUGGUGCAUUGAUUCCCCAUGAGACUACACACAUGACUUCACCUAUAAACGCAGAAGCUAAAGUAGCUUCAAGGAUGUUUAACUGACAGAGCAUCUCAAACUCAAUGUCACCUAUACUUUUCUUGGCACGCCUGCACCCUGUAAGAGCUUCUCCUCAAACGGCAACUCAGUUAGUUAAAAAAGGUGUGGAGAGAAGCUGCAAAAACCAGCUCUGCAGGUGAGUCUUGAUGACUCGAAGGAAGAAAUACUUGAGUCUUUUAUGUACAGAGAUAAAAAAGGAUUUUAGUCUGAGACUUUGGAUUCUGCUGGUUUUCACUCUCGCCGUCUAAUCAGAGACUAAUAACAGCCGUACAAGGUUCAGGUACAAGGUUCAGGUCACAGUUUAUUUAAGACUGUUGGAAUGACUGAAGACGAAACCCCACAGUGAAAUCUUGCUCUAAUUGAGAUUUAAUACUUCUUAGCUUUGGUAUCAAACGACAAAAAUUAAAAACAAAUCUGACACCAAAUCAACCAUAUAUUUUCCUUUUUAACUGUACUGUUUGUUUUACACAGACAGAAUCUGCUGCAUUAACUCUCAAAAGACAAUACAAAAUAUGAAGUCAUACUCUCUAUUUGCACUCGAUGAAAGGAUUGAUAGUUCAGGUGUUUUGUUGGCUGAUAUGCAGGAAGCAACAUUUAGUGAGAGGGCAGAUUGAAGGUGACAGUGCUGCAGACUUAGAGAGCAUCCACACCCAAACCUGUUCUCAGUUUAUUCUGGCCUAUCAGACGUCUGCAUGUGUUUCAAUUGCUGUCAGUCAACAGACUCAUUGUGUCAGUGAUUCAGGUGUUAGCUGCAGGAGCGUAGUCAGCCGUAAAUCACACUCAUUGUGCUGCUUUUUUCCUUCAAAAAUAAUGUGGGGCGAGUCCUUUAACCAGAAUAUGUGUUUUCACUUAUCAUAGCUGAUAAGAUCUUUGCUCAAGUUGCAGAUUUCUUUGGUUUUACAAUCUGAAACACUUGAAUCUAUAGGAACUGUCUUAGAUAUGUCAGUUAUGACAUGCCUGAGAAAAGGUCAGAAGAAUGAAGUGGAAAACAAAGGGUAUAAGGGUCCACCAUGUCUGUCAGGCCCAAAUGUCAUGCAGCGGUACAGUGGUUUUGAAAACUCUGUCAUGUCUUCCAGGAGGUGCGAGUAUAUCGAGUAUUUGAAAUAUUGUCACCGUUUUAUUUUAGCUGUUUGCAUUUAUUUCUGUAAUUUAGGAUCUAAAUAAUUCAGUCUAAGGCACUUGUAAGUUAUAGGUGUAUUACAUGAAGAUGCCCUCAGAAGCUAGGCUGUUAACUUCUGCAGACAGGGUCGAUUUUACAUCCACUUACUUGCGACUCUUCUCUUAAAAACAAACAAACCUUUUUAUAAUAAUAAUUUCAUAUGGCACUUUAUCAGAGACCCUCAAAGCCCUUCACAUUGGCUUCAUCAUUCAUUCACUUACACAGUCACACCUUGGUGGUGGUAAACUACCUUAGUUGUCACAGCUGCCCUGGGGCAGACUGACGGAAACAUGGCUGCUAGUUUGUGCCACAGCCUCUCUGACCACCACCACACAACACUCACAUUCAUACACCAGUGGAGGACACACACUGGGAGCAAAGUGGGUUAAGUGUCAUGCCCAAGGACACAACAGACAGACUAGGGAUAGGGGGAAUUGAACCGCCAACCUUCCAGUUAUUGGAUGACCGCUCUACCUCCUAAGCUAAGCCAAACUGUUGAUGGUGUUGUAACGUAGUCAAGUAUUAUCAAGCUUUUUAACGUUCAAGCCUUUCUGUCUUUCUGUAGGUCUUCUCUCUUCUGGAUCUAAUACGCUACUGUACAGGCGUGUGCCUCCAGAUCGCCUCCCACCUGCGCAUCCGAGUCUUCAGCAUCACGCCGCCGAGCCAAACCCACAGAGACUGACGGCUUGCCCGGCGGGAGGAGGCGGGGGGAGACGCUGAUCUCUCCCCGCUUUUGAAAGCAGACGACCACGAGGAGAGACCCUCGACCCCGAGCCACUGCGGCCUGGACAAAGUGACCACUUCUCAAUGAAACUGCCUCACCCACCAGAUGGAAAAAGAAAACCAAACUACAAACCAAAAGAAAAAAAAACAAACACCCAGGACUGAAAAAGGCCUUGAAAAGCAUGGAUCUGUUAAAAAAAAAAAAGAAAAUAUAUAAAAGUUUCCAGGUUUGAAUCCCUCAUUGGCUGUUGGAGAUGAUAAGUUCUUAAAUUUCAGUCUUAAAAAUUUCAAUCUCAGUGCAUGUUGUUAAAAAAUAGAUUUUUACAUUUUCAUGCUUGUUCAACCUUUAUACCAAAAUAUUACUUUAACAGGUAGUUUACAGCUUGGGCAAAUACCAAAGCAUUUUUAUCGACUUUAAGAUGUCAAACCACUUAAGAGACAUGAAUACAAGAUAAAUAAGAAUAAAAGAUAAAUGUCUUUGAUAGCUGCCCAAACUAAAUGUAGAGCCUGUCUAAAACUUUCUAAAUCUUUUCUUUUUAUUUAUUAAAUGAAUGUGACGAAAUCUGACGUGAAUCAGGGCUUAAAAAAAAAAUUCAGAUUUUAAAAUGACCUUUAAAACCUCAUAAUUUCAAUGCAGUUUUUAAUGUGGGUUGGCAGGGUUUUGAUGGUUUAGUGGAGGGGUUAAAGUCUGUGUUAGUGCUGAAAACAACGACUGGUUUUUCUACAAGGCUUCUCUCACACUCACUUUGCUUUUAAUAUUUGUCAUUUUCUUGUUUCUCAUCUCAUCCUCCAGUCCUGUAAAGUUAAACAAAGUCACCUCCGGCCUUUGGAGUGCUGUCGAUUGAUGAAGCAUUAACACAAGACUCGUUCUGCUUUCUCUGUUCUUCUCCCUGAAGGGCUAAAUGUUAAUUAUUUGUGAUUGUACAGAGUUCAACUGAAGACGCCUUAAAUAUUUUGUUGUAAUUACUGUUAAACUUGUGAAUAUUUAAAACAGCUUUGUAUGUCUUUUUUUGUUUUCCACUUGAGCACCAUACCACACACACUCAACCAUGGUAACUAUUAAUGUUUUUGUUUUUUUUUUACCAUUCACUCAUGACAUGUCUUCACCGAUACAAUAAAAUGUAAUGUAUGGGUGAGGGGUCAGUUUUGUUCUGGGAGAUUUGUUGGAGCAUAAUUCAUUUUUUUAACAUCACUCAAGAGUUGUAAUCUGACAGACUCAUUGUUCAGGUUCAGCGGGAUCAAAAGGGAAAAACUACUUUAGUGCCACUAAAACAAUUAAGGAAAAAUGUUCUGAUUUAUUUUGAAGAAUUAUGUGUUUUUUUUCCUUCUUCAGAUUCUUCUUGUGCAGGAUUAUGGACAUUACAGUAUGACUAAAAAUAAAGAUUUUGUAUAAUUUACGUUUGACUUAUGUAACUAUGCAUCGAAUAUGACUUUUGAUUUCGACUCCAUAUUGCAUUGUACAAUAACACCGAAAAACACCUUUCUACUAACAGAUAGGAGUGGAAAAGAUUGUAAUAAAGGAAUUAUUUUUCAUGCAGA